CUACUAAAUAGAAUCAUCAGCUCUUUUCUCCGUCUUCUUCACCGCAGCAGCGGCUAGUUUCAGGCCUUCAGCGACAUAGCCAGACAAGUACAUAUCAAACAGCUGCGUUGUAAUUCAAAUCCAGCCGCCCCACCUUCUAGCCUCAGCGACACCCUGAAAAUAUUGAAACUUUGAACAACAAGUCUACUAUGAAGAAGAAGAGAAGUAGGGGGAAGGUGGACAAUUUGGUUGAAACCAAAGAAGAAAAGAAAAAGGAUAAAUCAAGCAAGAAGAAAAGAAAAAGUGAGGAGAAAAAUAAUGCCAUCAUUGGAAUUGUUGAUCAGCUCGGUGAUGAGGAAGAAGACCAUUUUCAGAAACAAAAUGACAAAUGUAAGAAGGAUAGAAAAAAGAAAAAGAAGGAACACAGCUCGUCAGGGGAGAAUCAACAGUUGGUGGAAAAGAGUAAAGUAGCUGAUAAAGAUGAAGUAUAUGAAAUACCUUCAGGGGAUGAAGACUGCUCAAAAGGAAUGAAAAAAUGGGUUAUCGAAUACCACCAAAGUAGGCCUGGCUUGAAGGUUUUGCAACAAAGAAUUGAUGAGUUCAUAAUUGCCCAUGAGGCAAAACUUGAACAGGAAAGAAAAGAAAGAGAAGCUCAUCUCACAGAAGGGGGUUGGACACUUGUUGAACAUCAUAGAGGAAGGAAAAAGACAACAGAAUUUGAAAGUGGAACUACAGUGGGUUCUGUUUCCCAGGCUGCUGUGGAGGGGAAAUUAGCUAAGAAGAAGAGCAAAGAGGUCUUUGAUUUCUAUCGGUUUCAAAAAAGAGAAGCCAAGAGGAAUGAACUUAUGAUGCUCCAGAGCAAAUUUGAGCUGGAUAAAAAGCGUAUCCAACAGUUGAGGACUGCUAGGAAGUUUCGACCUUACUGAGUGCAACCAAACCCUUAUAAAAAACCAGGAGAAUCACAUGGAGUGAGGAAACUUUAAGGGUGGAAGGAAGAUAGAGUAUAUGCAACAUUGCCCCAUUAGAAAAUCAUGUAAUACGUGGGAAAGCAUUUUACAGAUUUCAUGAACUCCUCUCAGAUUAGGUUGCUGGUCAGAAUUGUAGGAACAAUUCUGAAAGCGGCAAGGGUAACUAUAGCUUGCAAGGUGCAGCUUUCAAUGGGGGAAAUCUCCUGAACUAUGUAGUACAAGUACAAUUACAAGGUUAUUGAGGCCAAAGAAAGUUGAUCGUCAACUUCAAGCAAUUAAUCAUAUAUAUACCUCUUUGUCUGUAAUGUUCCUAGUCAUAAAGCAAUCCAUAUGCCAAUGUCCAGGGAAUUCUAUAUCUAGGUUGAUCAAUUUGGUAGUUUUUAUGCGUUAGAAAUUGUUGUUCUUUCUAAAUGGACAAUUUAUCUGUGCACAAGAGGCCCAAAAGGAGAAGUAUAACGAAAUAUAUAAUGUAAGCUACACCGACCACUGAGUUGUACAGGAAGGAAUCCAGCACAAAUCAUGCUGGACAUCUUAAUUUAUGUCAAAAGGAAACUCACUAGCAAAAACACGAAUAUAAAGUAAGAAAAAGGUCAAAUUAUAAGAUAUUAAUUGUGAUGCUAAGCAAAUGCAAUGAAAAUUUUAGUAGCACAAAUAGCACACUUUAUUUAAUGUAAGCUCCAGUAACAUCUAGCACCCAAAUCAUUUCCAAAAUAACUGUCAAAUGCGUAGAUAAAUCCUCAAACAAUUCGCCUCUUCUGCACAUAACCCCACAACAUUUAUUAUAGAAAAACAACAGAAACAAAUAUAUAAACUAAAAAAAAA